CAGCUGUGAGUGGUUUCUAAGCCGAUCAUUGGAUGUUACCUCUUCAUACUCUAUUUUUAGAAAGUUCUGCAAAGCGCCAUACAUACUUAAGUCAUAUAUACAAGCACGGAUUAGAAACAAAGAGAUCUACAGCAUUUUUGAAAUUAACCUAUUACCAUACAUGAAAAAGACUGAGUCAUUUAGUUUAAUAAUAGUUAUAAUUCAUGCAUUGAUGAACUACAUCAUUAACACAUUCAUAUUUCUAAAUCAUUUCUGUAUCAUUUACUAUUUGAUUAAAUUUCGUCUAUGAAAUAACAAACCAUUAAAAACAUGACUGAACAACUAUAAAUGAUGUAAUGAUAUAGACAUAUAUGUAAAUUGAUAUCUCUAAGACGAACAAAAGUUUCACCCAAUGAAAAGACCACGAUCUUCAAAAGCCAGGGUCAUUUUACUGGCAUCUCACAGCUUUUUAAGUGGUCCACGCUUCGUUUGGUCGAAGCGCAAUAUUAGACCAACAUUUAUAACGACACGACUUCUUUUUUACGGCUGAAUAUGCUACCACGUUCGAGUGAUCAUAUUGGAUAGUAUGCGCUCAGCUAGCUUCAGAAAGGUUCACUGGUCAGAAACACAGUUCGCGGUGUGAUAGAACUACAUCUAAGCCAGUCGGGCGACGGCUAAACUUAUAAAACUGUUUAAUAUUUGGGUUUUAUUUUGGACUUGUUAUCUGUAGUUAUUCUUGAGACAGACUUUUUACUUGUAUUUGUUAAUUAGUCUAGGUCAGUGUCCACUCGAUAGUUUAUAUGGAUUUGUAAAUAAAGUGUUUAAAUCGACCGAAGUAUACACACAACGAAGAACGCGGGGAGAAGAAUAUUAUCCUUGUGUUUAAUUGUAUAACUUAAUGUAACUGGGAAUAAACAUAAAAUUUAAUAAGAUAAAUGAAUUGUGUGUUGUAGAUGUAUGAAUCAACAAAAGACAGUACGUAAAUCAAGUGUUGGGAACGGAUAUAAUCGAGUGGUCAGUUUAUUGAGUGACGAAAGUGACCUGAAAUGAACCACUGCUCAUCGGUCAGUGACCCAAAGGAAGAAGAUAGUUAUACCGAAUAAGUAAAGAGAUAACUUUCAUUAGAAAUUACUGACCACUGUUUAAGAGGGAAAAAGUGAAUGAUCGGCUACUUUAAUGAAUCUGGAGCGACUGUCCGCCAUCUUGCCUGUCUUUGUCCAGACUAUUUUGGCACAAUUGAAGGUUUAAUGUCUAGUUUCGAGUCAUGUCACGCCGCAAACAAGGUCGGCCCCAACACCGACUGACCUUAGAUUCCGUUGAACAAGAAAAUGACCUUCUUGUUUGUGGAGAAUGCAGGACGAACUUCCCUUUACGUGACAUCACAAAAUUUAUACGACAUAAGGUAAACAAGUGCAAUAAAGAAAAUGUUGAGAAUGAAAGUGAUGCAUUUGAUGGUAACUGUGACAGUGACGAUGGUAACAAUGUAAUCAGCUCUAAACGUACGCCUAUAUCAGCACCUAUAACACGGAAAGAGUCGUUUGAUGGUGUAAACAAGUCAACACGUGUCUUUGAUACUGAUGUUAAAACUGAAGAUGAAGACGACACUGAUGAUGUUAAAGAUGUUAAGGACAGAUUACCAUUCAGACUCAAACAAGUAGCCGAUGCAGAAUCUAACACAACCAGUACAGAGCCAUUAAAGUUUACAUGUGAAACAUGCCGGAAGACUUAUAGUUCUGCAUGGAAUUUGUUACAACAUGCUCAGCGUGAACAUGGAAUGCGUAUCUAUGUUCCUUCAUCAACAAGAGAUUCAUUCACACCUUCACAUUCUCCGAGAAUAUCAACACCAAACUCACAGAAGAGUAAAAAAUCUGACGAUCUUGGUCGCGACUUUGACAAAUGUAAAGAUGAUAGACAUGACAAUAUCUCAGGAAAAGAGAGAAUUCGAAGUGAUUCAACUGAACCACUCCGAACAACAUCUUCAGUUGGGUCCGCUAGUAGUGGAGAGGGGCCACUCUCAGGUCAUCCCUCACCUCACAAUCCUUUCAUGUUUCCAAGAAUGCCAUUUACUGAUGUUCGGCAUCCACUUUCACCUAUCACAGGAAUGGGCUUACGUGGCCUUCCUGGUGAUCUACGACUGGACUUGGUUGAUCCGUACCACAGACUUCCAUUUGGGUUACCACAAUUUGAUCACAGGCCCUCAGCACCUUUUCAUUUUAGUGAUCAGAGGCCACGUUCUGGAAUGAGUCUUGAUGACUUUUACUCACAAAGAUUACGUCAACUUGCUUCAUCAACAUCUCCAUCCCCAGGGAGAAAGCAUACACCCCCGUUUUCCCAAGCAUCUUCUGGUUCAGGUGGGAGAGGACCAGGCAUGUUUUCAUCAGUCACACCUCCUGGUACAUCAAACCAGUCAAGUAAUAUAGAGAAAUCUGGUGAUAACCCAAGAAGUCUCACACCCCCAGGAAAUCAGAAAUCUUGUGAAUUUUGUGGCAAGGAGUUCCGGUUCCAAAGUAACUUGAUUGUUCAUAGAAGAUCUCACACAGGAGAAAAGCCAUUCAAAUGUCCUCUUUGUCCGCAUGCUUGUACCCAGCAAAGCAAAUUAAAGCGGCAUAUGAAAACACACUCAAAGCAGGGAGGUAUGACUAUGGGCUCAAUGUCAAAUGCAUCAGAAGGCAGUCAUGCCUCAAGUAGUAGUACACCAGACUCAAGUAAAAUGGCAGAUGAAGAUGACCCUGAUGAUGAUGAGGAAGAAGAAGAAGAAGAAGAGGAGGAUGAGGAAGAUAUAGAAAUGAUCAAUAUGGUAGGGAUGUCAGGACAUGGGGAUGAACACAAGAAAGAACCAUAUAAAGACUUAAGUAAAUACUCUGGUAAAAGUGAGUUGGCAGCUAGGCUUUUUGAUCAAAGGAUUGAAGAAACAAUCACAAGUGAGUUAAUUAAAGACUCAAGAGAGCAGACGGACAGACAUGGGUCUUUGCUAUCUGAUGUUAUGGAGUGCACAGGUUUUAAAAAUAUACCUAUCUACAACGAAUCAUUAAAACUAGCAAUGGCAGAGAAAUAUUCUCCCAGUGAAGCUCGACCAAGAAGUUCUUCAAAUACAGAUGGCAGUCGCCCUUCUAGUGCAAAGUCUAAUGAUCUUGAUGAGAGAGAACGUGGAACAAAACGAGAGAAACCAUUGGAAGACAGUAUAAUGUCUAUAUCAAAAAUGAUAAAGAGGGAACCACAUGAAAAAAUUGGUACCCCGCCUGCUAGUACCCCUCCAGUGUCAUCUUCACCAAGAAUGAAUAAUGUUAUGGAACCAUCUUUCUUCCCUAACAUAUGGUUUCCAGCAGGGCCUCCAGAUUUCUUUGGCAGUCGAUUUCCAUUAAGAUAUGGCAUGGGAGAGGGAAAUCAAGAUUCAAUACCAAAUGGAAUAGGUUUAUCAACACCAGGUGAUAUGCCACAUUCACAUAGUAUUAACAGCUCUCAAAGUAAUGCCACCUCACCUACUACACCACUUCCAACCAAUGGCACCACUCCUUCUGCAUCACAGAGACGAGAGAAAACUCGCAAUGAUACUUGUGAAUUUUGUGGUAAAGUCUUCAAAAACUGCAGCAAUUUGACUGUCCAUCGCAGAUCACACACAGGUGAAAAGCCAUACAAAUGCAUGCUGUGCAGUUAUGCAUGCGCACAAUCGAGUAAGCUCACACGCCAUAUGAAAACCCAUGGCCGAUUUGGCAAAGAUGUCUACAAAUGCAAGUUCUGUGGAAUGCCAUUCUCUGUUCCCAGCACUCUUGAGAAGCACAUGAGAAAAUGUGUUGAGAACACAAACAAAUCAGCCCUACCUGAUAAUGAAGAUACCGGUUCUAAUAGUGAUGCUGCAUCUGCCUCAGACAGUCAAUCAGCUACCACAAUGUCUAUGUCGCUGCCCACUACACCAAUGUCACUGUCAUCAUCCUUUGGGCUAAACAUGCCAUUUUCUAUUCAGAGUAACUUUGAGAAACACAUGAAUCGUUUAGCAGAGAUUGAUGGCGACAAUAAUGGUUCAAAUGGAGACCCACAUUCUGCGUCUGUUACUCCAACUUCUUUUUCCCUCACAAGCAGUUUUGAGAAGCAAAAUAAUUCGCUCUUAGAUGGCAACAACACAGGUUCAAACAGCGAUAAGACAUCAUUGUCAGGCACAUCAACGACCUCGAACACAGCAGUGUCAUUUCCAAGUACAACUCUAUCUCUAGCCUCAAGUCUAGCACUAACGAAUGCAAGUAUAUUGCACAACUUAAAGUUGGAAAACAUGAGGAAUCGGGAAGAGUCUGGUGUACCAUCAGAGUCUUUCACAACUUCUCCUCUUGCUAGCCUCGGACUUCAAAACUCAAGUUUAUUACAUAGUAUCAAAAGAGAAAGCUUGGAUAAAGUUCAAGUAGAAAAUGCAUCAAAUAUAUAGCUUAAGUAGUUUUAGAAUUCUAUAAAAGCAUAAUAAAUUGUACAGUUCUUCUUAGAGGAUAUGAAUCAUACAAGAUAACAGUUGUUUUGAAUUUUAAAGAAGAAAAAAUUAGCUUUUGAGUUGUUUAGCACAAUUGUCCCUCCUUCUCUAGGAGAGGUUAUUAUUUAACUGCUACAAUUUUGUCUUAAAAAGAAAAGUUAGUCAGUUAAAUUUUAAAUUUAAUUUUUAAAAUAUUAUUUUAAGUUGUUCAUAGACUCAUUUUUUGCUCAAUAUGUUUUUGUGAAUCAUGCCAUAUAAUAUUUGCUGUGACAUUAGGCAGCAUACAAUUUCUAACACAACCAUGUUGGUUUUUUUGUUAUUUUUCAUUUACUAUAGUGAAUAGUGCUGUUUGAAUUUUUAAGUGUAUAUAUAAAUAAACCAGCUCAGAUAAAAUGGACUAACAGUUGUGAAGAUAUACAUCUAGUUUUGAGCUGGUGCUGUAGCAGGGAACUGUCAAACACAAUAUGAUGACAUUAUUUGUGUUUUUUAAAAAAAUAAUAGAAAGGUUAUUGCGUUGACAGAAAGAACCAGAGAUAAGUACAAGUUGAGUUUGGUGCCAAAAGAUUGAGGAGCGCAUUUGUUACUUGAACGGCUAACCUGAACAAAUAAGGCAAAUUUAAUACAUUUUUUGUUAUUUGUCAUAAUAGAACGUGGAUACCUCUACAGAUGUUAUUUUCUUAGUGCUCAAAACAGUUACAAGGAAAUUUGUGGGUUAUCUUUCUGUUGCUUACAUUUUGUGGGUAAUCUGAAGAAAGUGACACAAAGAAGUUUGUGAUUACUAUUGGGAUGUGUACCCAACCAUAUGUGACAUCAAAGUUUUUGUGUGUAUAAUCCACAGAACAAAUCUUUUUUUUGUAUAAUUAUCAUUUAGUGUGUGAUUUUGAAAACUUGAUAUUAGUGGUCUCUAUUACUAGAUGUUACUAUUGUAAGUAAAUCACUGUGUGUUAACAUAGAACUGUUUCUAUGGAAACCAGGGUUGUUAAAUAUGUAGCUGUAGACAACUAGAUAUACUUUUUGAAUUUUCUUUGACCGUGUCAUAUUAUUGUUUGUAUGGUUUGAUUGUUAUUUGAUUUGUCUGGAAAACAAAGUUGUUUUUUUUUAAACUAUCCCCCAUGACAUUAUGUAAAUAGCUACUAUUGUAUUGGUGCUUGUGUAUAUUAGCUUAAAAACACAUUGUGUAAAAGGGCGCAUGACAUUAAGUGUACUAUAAUACGAGACUUAUACCAUAUACACAACUAUAUUACAUCCAUUGAUCGCAAUCAAUAAAUUGAUGACUAGGAACAUAAUCACUAAAAUAGCAUGGGAUAUCAUACUAUAGAAAAUGAUACAUCUAAUCAUUAAUGGCAAUCAGCAAAAUUCAAGUACCAACUUUUUUUGUGUAAUACAGUAAGUGCACAUUUAAAAUAAAUCCAGUUUUAUGGACAGUGUUUGACAUUGUUUACCAGAUGUUUGGUUAGAAAACAUACUAGGUAUCAUGGUGUCAAGGCUGAAGUUAAUUUUGCUGAUUAGCAGUUUUGAAAUUUAAAAAAACAACAAAAAAAUCAUCAAAGAACAAAAAUAAUGACAAAUCAUUUUUUAACAGACUUCAAAAUAUACCUUUUAAGAGUAAGACUUUGUGGGUUACCUAAUCAUGAAAUAGUUUACAUAAUUUUGAAAUAUAAAAUUAUAUCAAAGAAGUUUUGGUGGCUAUUUUAGUACAGUCAUGAAAUAAGUCUAUUUCUAAGAGAUAAUGUUGGAGUGUAAUUUAAUUAAGAAACGUUUGAGAAUUACUCAUUGUAAGACUGUAAACAAUGGCUACACAUUAUUUGUUGAUUAUUUUUUUGAUCAUACAGUAGUUUAUCAUAUAGAUUCAGAAGUGAAUUACGCAUAAUUUCAUGUUUUUAUCAAAGAUAUAUAUACCUUCAUUUAUGAAAGUAUUUUUGUAUAGGUCAAUUCUGAUCAUAACAAGGGAUACUUGUAGUCCACUAAUAGGCGAUAGUUGACUCUAAACUCAAUUACAUUUUUGUGGAAAUUGUUUUUUCUUAAACUUUCUUCCAUUUUUUAAGUGUUAUUUAAUUGUCUUUACAGAAGAAAAACUGACUACUGGAGUUUGUCAAAAUAACAGCCUUUAAGGUUUCUGGAGAAUGAAAUUAUUCAUGCGGAGAACAAUAAAACAUAAAUAUUUUUUUUAUAAUCCGUGCCAUAUUCUAUUCAGUGAAGAAAUACAUCUGUUUUUUAUUGAAACAAAAAGUGCUUUAAAUUUGUUUUUGGAGUAUAUUAUAUCUAAUCUGUUAGUGCUUUAACUUGUUACUAAUGAUGUAAGUAACAUUUUAACUAGUAAAAUACCAAGUUUCAGGAGAAUUUUUUACAAUGAAUUGUGAUUGUUAUUUGGAGAUGUACAAAGCUGGUUCAAAAGUUUGUAUUCAGAUUUUUUAUGUUAAAAGAAAAAAUGGUAAAAUUUCAUAGCCAUUUUUGUGUGUGGAAUAUUGAAGAUGAUCAGUAUGUUAUUUGAUUGCCAAUUUAAUUUUGAAUUAUUUGAUAUUUUAAAUUGGCUCAUAUAGUAAAAUCUCAAUACAACCAUUUGGACUAGCCCUGUAACAGAAAUGUACCAAGUUUAGUUUUAGUAUGCAAACAAACCAUUAGUGUCAGAGGUGGACACAUGGCAGCAACUUUUACACAUAUACUGUAUAUCAUACAUUGGAAACACCUGAUGUGUCACAACAAAUGUAUUUGUAAAUUCGAUUGGUGAAAUGACAAAAUCUUAGCCCAUCGGUUAAAAAGAACAUUUUUAAUUGUUCACAGCCAUUCUCUUUUUGGGAUAGCCUUCAUUUACAAAUACAUUUGUUUCGACAAUCAAAUGAUUCCAAACUCAUUCAUUUGGAAGGAUUUACAAAUUGAGCUACAGUGAAAAGUUUUUUUGUACAUUUUUUUGUUGAAAAUGUUAAAAUUUUAUGUACUUUAACAAUUAAUCUGAAUCAACACUUAAAGACUAAGAGUGUGUGUAUGAUGGUUAUGAAUUGUUGUUUUAUUCUGGAAAAUUUAGUUAUUUAGAAAUUAUUAAACUUUUCACUUAAAGAUACUUUUGUGAUUGUAUAGCUCGUAAAGAUUUCGUUCUCUAUUGCCUGAGUGUAUUCACCAGUACAUUAUGAUUGCACGCUAUGUAUAGAUUAUGUCUUUGUCAUGCUACAAUAUUUUUCCACGGAUUUUUUUUUGCAUAUAAUACACAUCUAAGUUUUUGCCGUUUUUUUUUAUACUUUGCAGAUGUCUUAAGCAGCAUUUAAGAUAUUUGAUUUAUGAGCAUUUAGUAAGGUGAGUUAUUGUUUGACAAUUUAAAAGUUUAAUGGAAAGCCAGAAGUAACAUAUCAAUGUUUUUUGCCUUUUAUGCACAGAACUUCCAGAAGAUAUAAAACCUUACUUAGUGUAACCUAAAUGUUAGGGAAUUACACAGAUUUCAUUUCAAAGAAGAAAUUUCGAGCUUCUCUUUUUCUUUUUUUUUAUGAGUAGCUCAUUUUUCCCUGUGUACAUUUAUAUGUAACAUAAGGUGUGGUGUGUCUUAGAAAUAUUUAUAACCAUUGAAAUGUGACAAUAUCAUACAAAACAUUUUCCUGAGGUCAAUUUUCUAACAAUAGUUUAUUUGAUGGACGUAUUUUGGUUUUCCUGGUUAAAACUGAGAGGGAAAUAAGAAAUAGUUACAUGAAUUAUAUGAGUAUUAUGUAGUUUUGCAAACUUUACACCACAAUAACAGUGAAAGUAAAAACUGCAAUCUUAGUCCAAUUUUCAAAUAAUAGGAGUUAACCUGUCACUAGACUAAGGUCCUGAAAUAUUAUAAAAGUGCUUUUUUAAUGUAUGUUUUUUUUUUAUAUAUCAAUGGCCUUUUAAAUCUCAUUUUUGUGGGGUUUUUUUUAUUAAGAUAAAAACUGGUUGAAGAAGAAACUUUAUGUUAUUUUAUGUGAACUACAUUUCUGAGAAAAGUUUAUUUCAAUCUUUUUGCAUUCUUUAAUACAGGUUCAAUUUUAAUUAACAAAUUUACAGUUUGCAUGUUAGUUUCUCGAAAUCUCUUAAGGAAUUUGCAGAAUCAAGAAUUUAUAGUCAAAAACAGUAUAUUUGUCUUACAGAAAAACUGUUUAAAAUUUCUGUUUCCUAGUUACGUUUUAACGGAUUAUUCUUUAAAUUUUUCCAUUUCACUUCAAAUGUAUGAAUCAACAGGUCAACUCUGAAUACAGAAAUUGUGCAAUAUUUUUCAAAAAUGAAGUGUUUCAUAACUUUGUAUAAACAUAUUGUAAAAGUUAUAAAACUUUUUCUGUUUAAAAUUUCUAGUUUGUAAGAACACUGUUCAAACAUGUUCUUUAUGUUUAUAUUUUUGUGAUAUAGUGUUGCUUAUAAUUGGCCAUUUAUAGUUUUUUGUUAUGUGCUAAAAGACAAGUUAAACCGAGAGCUACAUAUUUCAUAUUUAUAAGAUUUAUAUCUUUUUUUUCUGGAUUGCCAUACUGGAAACUGUGCCAUGAGAUGGAAGAAAAUAAUGUUUAUUUCUUCUACAGAUGUUCAACAUGUUAAUGGCUGUUAUUUUUCUUUAUAUGAUAUUGCAAGUUUACAUUUUAUUCAACCAUAUUUGUGAGAAUGUUAGUAGAAUUUUGUUUAAGUAUAUUUAAAAUGUACUUUAAAGAAGUUUUCAGUUUUCAAAGUUACCAAUACAGAUUUUUUUUCAUUUUUUCAGUCCGCUACUCACUAUGCCUUUUCUUUAUAGACUUCUGUCCUCAAUAUUCAUAUUUUUUGUUAUAUAUGUUAUAAAAUUAUACUGGUUCUUUCCAAACCUGUAAAAAAACAUAGGUUUUCAACAUAAAAUUUGAUUUAUGACAGAUUUACAAUAUGCAAAUUUGGUGUACAUAGUACACAGUAUAGGUAGUGCAUAAAGAAUGAACUACCAUAUCUUGAUUUUUAACUAUCAAUGAAAUCAUUCUGUAUUAGUUACCUUGAAUAUUUUAUUUACUUCUUAACGUGAAUUUGUGCCAUAUUUUAGUUUUAAACUUUUACUUUGUGUAAUAUAUUAGUUGCAAACUUUACAUAGUGUCAUUUAUAGCAACAAUUGCUUAUUUUAUUUAUCUUGUCUUUGCUAAAGCUUCUUUUCUUUAAAAUCUGUCUUUUGUUUGAACUAUCACAACUCAAGCAGAAACAAUUAGAAAUAAGUACAACUCUCAAUUUCUUGUAAUGUAUCUAUAUUACCAAACACCUUUGAAAAUAAAUUAGAGAAAUUGAAUAUAAAAAUAUACAAAGAUAAUUAUUCAAGUUAUUGUUGUGAUGAUUUCGUAAGUUAUGAUAAUAUUGUUGGAAUUCAAAGAUUCACUAAAACAAUACCAGUUUUAAAGAAUUAUAAAUAAAAAUUCAAGACAGAUUUUAAAGAAAAAUUUAGCUGACUAAUAUUCUCACUUCCAAUACCUGGCUAUUUGGUGCUUGUUAUAAAUAAUUCCACAUUUUAAGGAUUAUAUUUUAUGUGAAUUUAUCUAGACACAAAUAUUAUUUUUAAUGUUAUUUUGUUUUUAUUUCAUUUUAAGGAAUUUGGUGCAUGAAUUUAAAGAUAAUAUUUUUAUGUGUUUCAUCUCUUUAAAUGGUAAAGGAUAUAUUUUAAAGAUUUUAUUAUUUUGUCAAAUAAUGAAAUUUAUAUAUAUAUUUCUUUUUUUUUGUAAUUAAACAUUAGCUUAACAUUAGCUCAAGUGAAAGUAAGUGAUACAAACUGUAAUAUAAAGUAAGACUUUUCUCUCAUUCUACAUUGAGAGAUAUAUUGGCUGUUUAAAUAUCUUUUUUAGUUCAAAGUUCACAAAGUCACAAUUUCAUUACAACAUAGGAUUUCCUAAACAAAAUGAUAUAUUUAAAUUGGUAAAUUUUAUGUAAAGACACCAUUUUCUAACUACUUGUAAAAAUCUAAGUACAGUUAUAUCCUUCAUACUUUUAACAUUUUGUUUUAAAGCAACAUUCUUUCAGUAUAAAAUAUAACUGCAUAUAUAUAUAGGCAGUACAAUUUUGUUUCAAAAAUUUGAAAAGUGACAUUUUUCAUUGUCAUAAUAAAGAUUGUUCUUUAAUAUGUAUGUUUUGAAAAAACAACAAGUUACCAUCACUUAUUCUUGCUUGUACUAUUUUGUUCUCCAUAUUAUAAUAAAUGUUUGAUGAAAAUUGUCAGUGUAAAAAAUCAUUCAUCCAUUGUACUAAUUGUGAGCAAGUUUGUGUUGGGGGCUGACCAAAAAGUACUUGUUAUUUAACUCUAUGAACUGACUGACCUAUUCCGCCGCAGUAGAGCCAAGCUUGUCAGCACAUUCACAUGGUGUACAUCUUUGCAUUUUGACAUAAUAACUAAAUUUAACUAAAACCAAACUUUUGACCGUACAGUUGCAAAUACAAAGAGAGAACAUUGCAUAAAGUUUGUGGGACUUGAAUAUAUAAGUACUUAAUGGUCAACCCUUAGCAAUACUUAGAUCUGCAUUGAUAGAUAGAUAUCCAUGAGAAGCUGGUUUUAACGCUUUUGUCAUGAAAGAUUUUACUUUUAAGUUGUUGUUUUUUUUCCAAUGAUUUUAACAAUCUGGAUUUUUUUCCUAGAACUUUUAUAGUUCUUAUCAAUUCUGCAUGCAUUUAAGGUUCAUUUCUGAAAAUAUGUUUUAUUCUCACCUAUUUCGCAUAAUAACUGAAUCAGUUCUUAACACUGCUAUAAAUAUGGUGAAUGUAAUUGCUCAGUGGAAGUUCUAGAAAAAAAUCUAGAUUGUUUAUUCAACUUGUCCAUGUAUUUUCUCAUUUUUUUGUGCUUAUUUUUAUAUAUUUUUCUGUGCUACAUUGUUUUAUUUCUGACUUUUUUAUCAUUUCAUAUGAAUAUAAGUUAAGAUAGUACAGUUUCUGAUCAGACUCGUAAAUAAGGUACCAUGUGAUCACACUUCAGGCAGAAUUUUCAACCAAGUUUUACACCAAUUUUAUAUUAUUUUUUUGUUACACAUUUCAUGCUAUGUAAAUCUGUUUUCCCCACCAGCUUCUAUUUCCCUCAACUUAUUACCUCAAACAUCAGUGUUGCUAGAGUUUGUAGACACAGCAGCUUUGAUAUGUUUAACUAUUCCCACAACACAUUUAUUUCUUCAUACUUUAAUAGUGCCAUAUAGUUGUAAAGCGAUGAUGAAAGCUAUGAUGAAAAUUGUGACAUCAUGAAUUUGUUCUAUUCAACUUAAGAAAAAGGUCAAUUCAAUUAACUGAAUUAUUAGAGGUUUUUAAAUCAUCAAAAAAUGGCCUGUAACUUACAUGUUAUAUGUUCCACUGAAAUACAUUUGACUAACUAUUUCCUGUUCCUUUAACCAGCCAUCAUAGUUUUAAGCCAUUAUUAGAGGAUUUAUUUUAUUUGACCAUAAGAAUUAUAUGAGUCAUAUAUAUAGAGAGAGUUAUGGCCCCUGUCUGUUGUAAGAUGGAGAGAAUGUGUCACGUUAUUUUUACAGCAGUUAUAUUAUUCAGGGAUCAUUUUAUGUGCCAUUUUGUAAAAAAAUCUUCCAGCUUUUUUUUUCUUUUUUUUUUUUAAGCUUUAAAACUAAAACUUGGUUGAAAUAUUCUUUGGAUAUUGGCUACUUUUGUUGUUCUUUGACUCUUUUUUUGUCAAAAUUGGUCGUGUAAAAUUUUCUUAAAAAUGGCGUUUACGGCAACCCGGUGAUUCAAUGAAAUAAAGCCAUGAAUCAGGUAAGUGUUGUUUACGUGGUACCAAUGAGACCUUGUAUCAUUUCUAAAUUCAUAAAAUCUUCCUUAAAUUUAAAUCUCCCUUUAUUUGUAAGAAGUUUGAAAUAAAACAAGAUUUGAUUAUGUAAAUGAGACUGAAAUGGUAAUCAUUUGUAAUUAAUUAAUUAAUCAUUUGAUUUUAAAGGUCAAAUUCAUAAUUUACCAGUUUGAUCAUUUUGGAUACUUUCGGCUUUUUUUUUGCCCUGAGAUUGAUAGUGCUCUGUUAGUGCCAUAUUAAUUGAUAUAUAUAUAUAGAUAUUAUGUUUUACAUUUUUGUUCAUCAGCACUGUGAGAGAGGAACUCCAGUAUAUUAUACAAAUAAAACAAUGAGACAAAUAUUUUGGUGUUCAGAAAUUUUUUUCGAAGAAUAUUACGAAAAUGUUUUUGCUUAUAGAUUUUUGAAUUAUGCUAUGUGAUUUUUCUAUUGUAACACUAACUGCGAUAUUAGUUUUAUGUGUUCUCUCUAUAAUUAUUUUCCUAGGACUAAAUCAAGACCAUUUCCGAUGUUUUACAGGAAGAUUAAUUAAUAUAACAAAGUGAUGUCUUGAGACGAAAAAUCUCUUCUUUUCACAGUUUAAAACGUAAUGUUAAAAGAAAAUUGUUGAACUUUACAGUUUAAGUUUUUUUUAUAUUAAAUUUGCAUUAAUAUGAUGAUUUGAAAAAAUAAAAAUUUUAAUUUAAUAUAGUUCUAGUUGAAAAUUCCAUGAGGGAACACAGCUAGUAUGGCAGUACAUGAUUUGGCGGUUUAAAUUGCAAAUUUUGGAGAAAGAAAUAUUUUGCCAAUAAAUUAUGUUACUAUAUAUAAUUACGAUGUAAUAGUACUAUAUUUGGAGAUAAUUGGCGUUACAAUACCACGCCUUUGUCCUCUCGGUGCCUUUAUUUAUUUUCUAUGAUGCAUUGGAUGCAUCAAAUAUUUACUAGUUAAGCUUUUGUGUAUUUACGUUCGUGUGUGCAUGUUUAAUUGAAAGUACCAAGUACAUGUAAAAUUGAAUAAAUAUUUUGUCUGAAA